GAAAACUGUUUUGCCCAAUCACAGCCCUUAUUUCAGUGACUGACUCUCCAAAGAGCCAAUGUUAGCAGCACUUUCAUAAGCCCCGCCCACAACCUGCAGUGGCGCUGCUAGACUGUCAGUUUGAAAGACAGAGUGAGAGAGUGAAACGGAGCAGCUACACAGAGCGAUAUUCAGAGAUCCUCUAUAAGAAAGUUUUAAAAUAGAUCGCGAAUAACUUUGGAUGCAGUAAAUAGUCAUAUUUCUGAACGGAUUCGAUUACGUGAAGUUGUCAUUGGAGUGAGAGGACGACAAAGCAAAGAUUUGUGAACUGAAAGUGGAUGAAAUCCAACGGAGAAUUGGAGUGUUGCAAAUGAGCUUAUUUGAAUAUAUAUAUGAAGUUAUUGCCUUGGCUGGGUUUUUGUUUUGUCUAUGAUUUAUUCUACGUGAUUUCCUGUGAGAGAUUCCUGUUUUGUGCCAUAUUUAAUCCUUCUGGAGAGGAAUCUGUGUAUCUGACGUGAUUAAAUAUGCACAAUGGCGAGCCAUCAACGAACCUGUUUCCACUUUGAACUGUGCUAAGAUUCACCAACUGGAGAGAUUGCCUUUUGAACUUGAGCUCAUUGAGAGAGUUUAAUAACUCUUGUUACUGAACUGAAUCAUUUGAUCAACGAACUGUGUUCAACUGAGUUGUUUGACCUUUAUUGGAACUGAACUGAAUCAUUUGAUUCACGAACUGUGUUCAACUGAGUCGUUUGAUCAUUAUUCGAACUGAAUUGAAUCAAUUUGAUGCAUUUGUGUGUUUUCAGCUCAUAUUGUUGAGUAUUCUGUUGAGUUUGAAAAGAAUAGUGAUCUGUUCUGAGAAAUUUGAAUCACAUUCAGUGUUCUGAGUUAAAUUGAAUGUCAUUUCAAUAUUUUUUUGGGGUUUUAUUGAAUGUAAUAUUUUGCUGAAGGUCAUAUUAUUUGUAAAAUACUUUCCCUGAAGUGAAAGAAAAACACACUACUGUUUUAUUUUGAGAGUUUUAUUUAUUUUUAUAUUUUGUGAAGAGUGUGAAACUUCAAAUUGAAUUGAAUCUGUCAAACUGUUGAAUUCUUGAUCCUAUAAGAAAUGAAAGAAGAUUGUUAAUUGUUGAUCUUCACUGUUAACAACUGAGUCUAUAUCUGUGAAUUAUUCAUUGAAACAAAUAACAAAAUAGAAAUUUUCUACAAUAAUACAAUUCACUGAAUCAGAACAAAACUUUGUCAGUCACUUACUCACCUGCUGUACUGCCUCCACUCUCCAGUAGACGUUCCUUGCUUCUGAUAUUCAUUGGCCCAGACUGAAAAUUAUUACUAGCUGUAGCGCAAUCAGUUACGUUGCACGUUACAUGUUACAACUUUGGCGAGCCAGCCAGGAGAGAGGACGCAGCAGAAAUUAAGGUGAAUAACCACUGAGAUAGACGUAUAGUGAAUCAGAAAAACAGACAAAAAUGGAUGUUGUAGGACAAGAAAAUGUCAAUGUGCAAAAUGCAGUCAUCGUUAGUGGAGUAACACUGACUGAAGAGGACCAAGUUCUAGAAACAUACCUUUCAAGAUUUGGCUCUGUGCGACGCAAUCUGCUAAUUGAUGAUCCACAGUCAGAAUUUCAUCGCAAUGCAAUAGUAGAGUUCACACACAGGUCAGCCAUGAGCAAUCUCGAGCCCCAGCUGCCUCUAACCUUAGUGAGCCCCACUAAUACAGACAUUGUGUUCCGUGUGCGAGCCCUGGGUAUGGUGCACACCCCCACCAUUAGUACUGCCACUGUUGAGUGCUUGGAGAAACUACAGACAAUAGCAAACGCCAACGGAGAAACUUUACAAAAUGUCCUCCAACGAGAGUUGAUGAAGGUUGGUGGGGCGAAAACUCCAGUUGACGUGCCACAAGAGACAAAUCCCUUGACAAGCGCUACUAGCAGCCCCUCACGGUUGGAAGGAUUCAAGUCACCCUCUGUCUUGAGAUUGGAACCCGAAAACCCAGCCGCAACACAAAAAUUAACCACAGAACGGGUAGCCCAUCCCCCGUUAGAAAAUCCACCCUUUCAAGAAAUUCAACGUAGAGGAUCACAAAACCUGGCCUCGGAGCAACGUAGUAGUGGGAACCGCAGUCCCUCCGUCACAGUGACAUCCCAUCCCUCACUCACAAUGGACAUGAUUGACCCUCCCAGUGUGCAGAAGGUGGUUGUAGAACAUAUUGUUAGAACCAAUGAUGGAGCCCCAUUGCACCAGGCCUCUUUCCGCCUCAGAUCAUUCUCAGGAAAAAUCCCCAGGCCCAUUAAUGAGCCAGAUUUUGAUACUUGGCGUGCAAGCGUGGACUUCCUGUUGACAGAUCCCUCAUUCUCUGAUCUACAUCGAACAAGAAAAAUUCUUGACAGCCUUCUCCCACCAGCCGCAGAUAUUGUUAAACAUGUGUCCCCUAACAGCUUACCUGCAGUGUAUUUGAAGUUGCUGGAGUCUGUGUAUGGCUCUGUGGAAGAUGGAGAUGAGCUGCUAGCUAAGUUUAUGGGUGCCCUCCAAAAUCCGGGUGAGAAGCCUUCAACUUAUCUACAUAGGUUACAAGUUCUUCUGAGUACAACCAUUAGACGAGGAGGCAUAUCUGAAAGUGAGAGAGACCGCUGUCUGCUGAAGCAAUUUUGUCGCGGCUGUUGGGACAACAGUCUCAUUGCAGAUCUCCAGCUAGAGAGGAAGAAAACAGACCCUCCUUCCUUUGCAGAACUAGUGGUGCUUAUACGCACAGAAGAGGACAAACAUGCCUCUAAAGAAGAGAGGAUGAGGAAGCACUUGGGGCUAAGCAAGCAUUGUCCUGCUACUUCGAAAAUCAGACCAUCGACACAUCAGAUAUCUGCAUACCCAUGCGACACACAAGAUAAUGAUUCUACUGAUGCAAGUUUACAGCAAGUUUGCGCACUACAAUCUCAAGCUGUUCCUGUGCAAAAACCCUCAGGUCAUCAAAACAAAGCCGCCUCAUCAAAAUCCAAUGAAGUGAGUGAGCUAAAAAGGGUUGUAGCAGAGUUGCAAGCACAAGUCACUGCCUUGAACACCGCAAUUAUUUCAAAAGAAAGUAAAGAUGAGAAAGCAAUUGAAAUUUCUGACCUUAAAAGACAGAUUGCUGCUUUGAGAGUUCAAGUCCCUACCUAUGAAGUUCACAAAGAGCACCCUGAGAGAUUUUUGCAGUCUAGAGGUCAGGUCAGGCGCAAGAUACCAGAACAAGGUGCAACAGAGUGGGCCACCCAUGACAAAAUGCCUGAAAGCAGACCCCGUCCUGGGUACUGUUUUAGAUGUGCGGAAAAUGGUCAUCUUGCCCGUGACUGUAAUAAUGCUCCUGAUCCUGCUAAAGUUGCAGAAAAGAGACGCAAGCUAAGAGAACAACAAGCCCUGUGGGAUUCCCAACACGAGGCCCUACAAAAAUCUUUAAACUGGGAACCGUCUCUGUAGAGGGGCAUACAGAGACUAGGCGAGACAAAGGCCCUAAGAAACCUACUUACUCUUUUAACCAAAACGCAUGCAGCCAAA